AUACAUAGGAAAUUGUGCCUGAUGAGUUGUGAUAAAAGUGGCCACAAGAGGGCACCAAAGGUCACCUAAUGGACACAGCUAAGGGAUCCCUGGAGCUCAUUUGGUUCACUCUCCCUUCUUUUCUGUUUCUUUCACUCCACUCCACCUCCUCUAGAAAUAAAUUCCUACAAAGAAAAAUAAAAGUGCAGUGUGUAUCAGUGGCCAUUUCUUCUGUAAACAUCUUUGAAGAGAAGGGAUUUACUUACCCAGCCUUACCUCAGGCUUACUUCGUAGAAGCACAUCCAUAAACUGAAAAUUUGCACAAAGAGUGAUGCAGUGAGCUCAGCUUGAUCCUCCACCAUCUCUAGUGAGGCCACAACCCCAGGAGCCAAGGACCGACUCUGUUUCAAAAGCAAAAGAAGGUCGGUGGAGGAGUGGGACAGCAUAACACUGAGGCCUGUAAAAAUCUCAAGCACCUCUUACACAUUUCUAACAAAUACACAUUCAUCACUGGGUAGAUACCUUCAUCAUCCAAAAGCUGGCUUUUGGCAGCCUUUUUUUGCUCUGCCCCUUCUUGUCUAGCUGACCAUCACUCUACUACUGUAUCUUGGGAUUGCCUUCCAUUUGUACCUCCUGCACUUGUGUCAUUAUUUGAGAAUAUGAUUCUGGGUCAUACAAGCAGUCUUUUCUACCCUCUGAGGCACUGAGGGAGUGCUGUGGCUGGAAUUCAGCUAGAGAGGACCCUUCUUCCUAUUGAUGGUUCUUCCCAACCCAGCCUGCCUUGGCCUCAUUCCUCUGUCCUGGACAUGAGACUAUUUUAGCCACAUUGUAUGGAGGAGGCAGAGUCAUAUGUGGGAAGGGAUAGGGUGUAAUAGCAGAGAGGAGGCCCACAGGAAGAAUAUGUUCUGGAACAAAUAAUUUGGACCACUGCCCAGGUAGGUUCUAGUGGGAGUUUGAGCUGGAAAUACUAUGGGUGGCUGUUUGCUUGCAGCUCUGCUGUGCUUGCAACAGAGGUGGGUUCUGCCCUGGGCCAUGCUCCUGCUUCUCAUAAGUUCUCAGCUCCAGGUGACUCAUAGCUGGACCUCUGAAGAUGAAAGGAAGAAUAAUGACCAAAAAGUCAUGGAAAGUUAUUUCCCUGCCACUGUGGAAUAUGCUUUACACAUAUUCAACCAGAAGAGCAAGGACAUGAAUGCCUACAGGCUGGCACGCAUCUUGAAUUCUUGGAAGGAGCAGGUAGAGAGCAUGAUGGCUUUCUCCAUGGAGCUGGAGCUUCGCAGAACCAGAUGUGGGAAACUUGAUGAUGACAUUGACAAUUGCCCCUUUCAAGAAACCUCAGAGCUUAACAAUACCUUCACCUGCUUCUUCACCAUCAGCACAGAACCCUGGAGAACUAUGUUCCAACUCCUAAACAAGACCUGCCUGGAGGGGUUCCACUGAGUGAUAUCACACCCCAGCCCAGCCUCUGUAUCCCUCUUGGACACCAGCAGUUCCCUGUAAUUGGCCCUUCAUUGGCUGAGCCGCUCUGAACUCUGUUCUCUGCCUUGAAAAUAUCUAAGGUUUCCUGCACCCAGGCAUUGUUGAAAUUCCUCAUUGCCCAUUAUUUAAUGUAGAAUAGAUCAUUAAACAUCAGUAUUUCAAGCUCUAUGUAGCAUCAUUCCUGACUUAGGGGGAUGGGCAGUUGGUGGACUCAUCCCAGCAUGGCAGCCUGCUUGUGACCUUCUAAGCUAUAUCUUGGUGGCACAGGUAAGGUGCCUCUGAGAUGCUAGUUCAGGGCUCAUGAGGGAUAAUACAUGGCCCCACAGAUGCAAUGACCAUGACUGAGAUAGGGAACACUUAUCUGCAGGAUGGAUGCAGAUAGGACCUCAGGGCCCUCAGAAUAUGUGUAGCCUCUGUUCCAGAUGACUUGCUCACACACAUUCCCUGGGGCAUGACAGCUAGGACAAUGUAGGAGGGGAUUCUAGUCUCUACUCAAAGAGCAAGUGAGGCCACCACCACCAACAGCAGCAUCUCCUAGAAUCUUUAAAUGUACAUUUCAGGAUCUGUACCUUUGGACAAAGAAACUAAAUUUUCAAAUUCUCAGAGAACCCAUGGUCAGUUGAAGACUGAGAGUCCCUGAUACUGAGAUUCUGCCUAAAUAGCCUAGAAAAAGAUUUGGCAAAUUUUUCUAUAAAGAGGAAAACAGUAGCUCUUUGGCUUUUGUGGGUCAUGUGGUCUUCUUAACUCUCUAAUGUUGCCUUGUAUCUGGAAAGCACCAUAGACAAUGUGAACACAUACAGGGGUGGUCUUAUCCCAAUAAGACUUUAUUUCUAUAGAGAGGCAAGUGGUGGGAUUCGUCCUUGGGCAGUACUCCCCAUCUAUACUAGGUGUCCCUGUUGACCCCCGCAGUUGGAUGAUCCAGUAUUAGCAGACUCUCAGCCUCAUAGUAAGAUCCUUAUCUCCCCCAGCUCUGCUCAGGGCCUCUGUUUGCCCCUGGAGCUCCAUCAACAAAAUCAGGGACCACCAGCAGGGGGAGAGUUAGACUUGCAGACAGCAAUCCAUCCAUGAGGAAGAGCUACAGAGGAAGGGCCCAGAGCCAGUCCUUAAAGGCAAGUAAGAGGUGAUUGUUAUGUUGUCAGGUGGUCCUCACACACCCUGGGUAGGACAAAACUCAUGGCUG